UGGGAGUAGGCGGGGCUUCGGUGAGGACCCCGGGCAGGGCGCCGCCGCCGGUUUGUCUCCGCUUUCCCUCAGCCGCCUUCUUUCAACCUUGUCCACUCCUCCGCGCGGCCUCUAGCGUGGCCGUGGCUUCGGUUCCUGCCGUGGGUCCCCUUCUCCCUCCCUGCCCAGCGGCUCCCCAGACUGUCCGCCAUGGCCUUACUCACUGCGGCUGCCCGGCUCCUUGGGGCCAAGAAUGCAUCCUGUCUUGUUCUUGCUGCCCGACAUGUCAGUGCUUCUACAAAUCUCAAGGAUGUACUCAGCAACAUGAUACCUAAGGAACAAACUCGAAUCAAGAACUUCAGGCAGCAGCAUGGCAAAACUGUAGUGGGGCAGAUCACUGUGGACAUGAUGUAUGGUGGCAUGAGGGGUAUGAAAGGAUUAAUAUAUGAAACAUCAGUUCUGGAUCCUGAUGAGGGUAUUCGUUUCCGUGGCUACAGUAUCCCAGAGUGCCAGAAGUUGCUCCCUAAGGUCAAGGGAGGGGAAGAACCCCUUCCCGAGGGUUUAUUCUGGCUGCUUGUGACUGGACAAAUUCCAAAUGAGGAACAGGUGAGCUGGCUCUCCAAAGAAUGGGCAAAACGAGCUGCUCUUCCCUCCCAUGUGGUUACCAUGUUGGACAACUUCCCUACUAAUCUGCAUCCGAUGUCUCAGCUCAGUGCAGCUAUCACAGCCCUCAACAGUGAGAGUAACUUCGCUCGCGCUUAUGCUGAAGGCAUCAACCGGGCCAAGUACUGGGAGCUGAUUUAUGAGGACUGUAUGGAUCUCAUUGCCAAGCUACCUUGUGUUGCAGCAAAGAUCUACCGGAAUCUAUAUCGAGAAGGCAGCAGCAUUGGAGCUAUAGACACCAAACUUGACUGGUCUCAUAACUUCACCAGCAUGUUGGGCUAUAAUGAUGCCCAGUUCACUGAGCUAAUGCGUUUAUACCUCACAAUCCACAGUGACCACGAGGGUGGCAAUGUAAGUGCCCACACUAGCCAUCUGGUGGGCAGUGCUCUUUCAGAUCCCUAUCUGUCCUUUGCAGCUGCCAUGAAUGGAUUGGCUGGACCCCUUCAUGGACUAGCCAACCAGGAAGUACUCGUCUGGCUGACACAGUUGCAGAAAGAAGUUGGCAAAGAUGUGUCUGAUGAGAAAUUGCGUGACUACAUUUGGAACACACUCAAUUCAGGCAGGGUGGUCCCUGGUUAUGGCCAUGCUGUUUUAAGAAAAACUGAUCCGCGAUAUACAUGUCAGCGGGAAUUUGCCCUGAAACAUCUGCCUAAUGAUCCCAUGUUUAAACUGGUGGCUCAACUCUACAAGAUUGUACCCGAUGUCCUUUUGGAGCAGGGCAAAGCCAAGAAUCCUUGGCCCAAUGUAGAUGCGCACAGUGGGGUGCUUCUGCAGUACUACGGAAUGACAGAGAUGAAUUACUAUACAGUUCUCUUUGGGGUGUCACGGGCACUGGGGGUGUUGGCACAGCUCAUUUGGAGCAGAGCUCUGGGCUUCCCCCUAGAGAGGCCCAAGUCUAUGAGCACGGAAGGCUUGAUGCAGUUUGUAAGCUCCAAGUCAGGGUAAAGAUGGGGACUGGGCUGGGCAGGGAGGGGGGAGAGAAUGCCUACUAGAGUGAGGAGACUUGAGAGACAGUACAUACUUUUUUUGUUUUUGUUUCAGGGGGCCUUUAAAGACUUAGGAUUAAAUUAUAUUUGAGGCACUGACACAAAGUUUGAGGUUAUUUAAAGUGUAAAUUAAGAUUUAAAAAAAAACAACAGAUGAGACUAUUUCCCCUAACUAGUCCCUCUUCCCUGCCCAGUGUAGGAGUUGUCCGUUGACUUGUAGUUUGAACAAGACUAAUACAGAUUUGGGCCACAAUAGGCCCCCUGCCUCAUCUACAGCAGAAGUCUAGUGUAUGCCCUGCCCCAAAAGGGUCAAUGCUGGUUACAGGGAAUCUGCAUUCACUUCUUUAUUUUGGAGAUUUAGGGUUUUGUUUUACUUUGCUUAACCCCAUCUACCUACCAGUAGGCCAAAAACCAGAACCCUGACCCCUAAAUCAUUUUCCAUAGGAAUCAUGUUGGAGUGUCAGCACCAACCCCAAACAUAUUAUGGCCUACCAUGCCCUCACCCACUCCCCACUCACACACUGAACUAUUAGUUGGCAGGACAUUUUGGCAUCCUUGCCACCAGAGGCUAAAGCAUUUAUUAAGAUGGCACCUGGGGUUUGGACUUUUUUUUUGGUUGUUUUAUUUUUACUUCGAAAGGUCUUGGGAUACCUUACCUUUCACUAUUUUAAAGGAAUCCUCAUGCAGUCUUUAUGUACUUGUUACUCCUUGGGCUGAAAAAGCUUUGGACUUAACCAUUUUGGGGACUUCUCUUAACUUUUAUUUUGUAUAUACCACUGGUUUUAGUCUCUCCACAGUCACAGUCUCUCUGUCUCUGACACCCCCUACCUUUAGUGUGAACUGUGUUCACAUCCAGAUAGACAGAAUCAGGCUAUAAAUCUCUAACCACUUCCCCACCCUCCCACCCCCCAUACAUAUUUUAAAGAGCAGGGGCCUGCAAAUGGCCUAGAGCAUGCUUGUCUUUAUGAUAUGCCCACAGGGAUAAUUUUUUUAAACCUGGAAGUGAAAAUGACUUGAAUGGAUUUGAUCCUGUUAGUAUUAGACCCCAGGGCUUAGGGCAUUAAUAUAAAUAACCACACACACAGCUCACCCCGGCCCCCAACCAAUCUUGUCCCCUCCAAAUUCCCCCCCUCCCAAUGUGGUUCAUUGUUUAAAGCCCCAUUUGCACAAGUUUUUCAGUGAUUCAGAAUGCUCUGCUGCCUCUUCCAGAAAGGACUGAAAUACACUCCUCUCACUGUGUCCCCUUCAUCCAACCUCUCCAAUCUUGCCUGUGUUUGUGUGGAUCCCCUGUCCCUAGAACCAAGCUGUUGAGAUGGACACACACUGUCUAUGAACCCCUGGGUAACUGUCAAAAGUCCUGUUGCAGACUUAAGGUUGUUCUGUAUAAACGCAAAAUAAAUGUUUUUAUUAACAAA